GGCUGAGCCCCGCUCGCUCGGCUCCGGCUGCUCGGCAGGGCAGCGUCCGCCGGCGGCUCGGGGCGGGAGGCGGCGGGCAGCGCCCUUCGGCGGCAGAGGACAAAAUGGCCAAAAUGGAGGUCAAGACAUCGCUUUUAGAUGACAUGAUUGGGGUGGGAGAUAUGGUUCUUUUAGAGCCACUUAAUGAAGAUUCCUUCAUCAAUAACCUGAAGAAGCGCUUUGAUCACAAUGAAGUUUAUACAUACAUUGGCAGCGUGGUGAUAUCAAUAAACCCCUACAGAUCUCUACCCAUUUAUACUCCAGAGAAAGUGGAAGAAUACAGAAACCGAAACUUUUAUGAACUCAGUCCUCACAUCUUUGCUCUGUCUGAUGAAGCUUACAGGUCUUUAAGGGACCAGGACAAAGACCAAUGCAUCCUUAUCACAGGAGAGAGUGGAGCUGGGAAAACAGAGGCAAGCAAACUUGUCAUGUCAUAUGUAGCUGCUGUGUGUGGAAAAGGGGCAGAGGUUAAUCAAGUAAAAGAACAACUUUUGCAGUCAAAUCCAGUCCUUGAAGCUUUUGGAAAUGCCAAAACUGUGCGGAAUGACAACUCCUCUAGAUUUGGAAAAUACAUGGAUAUUGAGUUUGAUUUCAAGGGUGACCCACUUGGGGGAGUUAUCAGCAACUAUCUGCUGGAGAAGUCUCGUGUCGUUAAGCAGCCAAGGGGUGAAAGAAACUUCCACAUUUUCUAUCAGAUCCUGUCUGGUGCAUCAGAAGAGUUUCUCUGCAAACUCAAGCUGGAGAGGGACUUCAGCAGAUACAACUACCUGGGCCUUGAUUCUGCCAGAGUGAAUGGAGUGGAUGAUGCUUCAAACUUCAGAACAGUCAGGAAUGCAAUGCAGAUUGUUGGGUUUAUGGAUCAUGAAACACAGUCGGUUUUUGAAGUAGUGGCAGCCGUUCUGAAAUUGGGAAAUAUCGAAUUUAAGCCUGAAUCUCGUGCAAAUGGCCUAGAUGAAAGUAAAAUCAAAGAUAAAAAUGAACUCAAGGAAAUCUGUGAGUUGACAGGUAUAGACCAGUCUGUAUUGGAGAGAGCUUUCAGCUUCCGGACGGUUGAGGCCAAACAGGAGAAAGUUUCAACAACACUAAACGUGGCUCAGGCUUAUUAUGCCCGUGAUGCUCUGGCUAAGAAUCUGUACAGCCGCCUGUUCUCCUGGCUUGUUACCAGGAUCAAUGAGAGCAUUAAGGCACAAACAAAAGUGAGAAAGAAGGUAAUGGGGGUGCUGGACAUCUAUGGCUUUGAAAUUUUUGAGAAUGCAGACAACAGCUUUGAGCAAUUCAUUAUCAACUAUUGUAAUGAGAAGCUGCAGCAGAUCUUCAUUGAACUUACCCUCAAAGAAGAGCAGGAGGAAUACAUCCGAGAGGGGAUUGAAUGGACUCAUAUUGAAUAUUUCAACAAUGCUAUCAUUUGUGACCUAAUAGAAAAUAACCAAACUGGAAUCCUGGCCAUGCUGGAUGAAGAAUGCCUGAGACCAGGGACAGUAACCGAUGAAACCUUUUUAGAAAAACUGAACCAGGUCUGUGCCACUCACCAGCAUUUCGAGAGCAGGAUGAGCAAGUGCUCCCGGUUCCUCAAUGACACCUCCCUGCCUCACAGCUGCUUCAGGAUUCAGCACUAUGCUGGCAAGGUGAUGUACCAGGUGGAAGGAUUUGUUGACAAAAAUAAUGAUCUGCUGUACCGUGACCUCUCCCAGGCCAUGUGGAAGGCCAACCACUCCCUUAUCAAAGCAUUGUUCCCAGAGGGAAACCCUGCCAAGAUCAAUCUGAAGAGACCACCAACAGCAGGUUCGCAGUUCAAGGCUUCAGUUGCUACCCUGAUGAAAAAUCUCCAGACAAAAAAUCCAAACUACAUCAGGUGCAUCAAGCCCAAUGACAAAAAGGCUGCACACAUUUUCAACGAAGCCCUGGUGUGCCACCAGAUCCGCUACCUGGGGCUCCUGGAGAACGUGCGGGUGCGGCGGGCGGGCUACGCCUUCCGGCAGCCCUACGAGCCCUGCCUGGAGAGGUACAAGAUGCUCUGCAAGCAGACCUGGCCCCACUGGAGAGGGCCAGCCAGGGCUGGAGUAGAGGUGCUGUUUAAUGAACUGGGAAUCCCUGAAGAGGAAUUUUCAUUCGGUAGAUCAAAGAUAUUCAUCCGCAACCCAAGAACACUUUUCAAACUAGAAGACCUGAGAAAGCAGCGUCUGGAGGACUUGGCUACUCUGAUUGAGAAGAUUUACAGAGGUUGGAAGUGCCGUACUCGCUUCUUGUUAAUGAAAAAAUGCCAGGUUGUGAUCGCUUCCUGGUACAGGAGAUACUCACAACAAAAAAAAUACCAGAAGAUAAAGAGUUCGGCUAUCACAGUACAGUCGUACAUCAGAGGGUGGAAGGCUCGGAAGCUUCUUCGGGAGCUGAAGCACCUGAAGCGCUGCAAUGAGGCUGCCACAGUAAUUGCUGCUUAUUGGCAUGGUACCCAGGCACGAAGGGAACUGAGACGACUGAAAGACGAGGCUAGAAAUAAACAUGCUAUUGCUGUUAUUUGGGCUUUCUGGCUUGGAUAUAAGGCUCGGAGGGAGUUGAAACGCUUGAAGGAGGAGGCUAGGCGUAAGCAUGCUGUGGCAGUCAUUUGGGCUUUCUGGCUUGGACUGAAGGUCCGUAGAGAAUACAGGAAAUUCUUCAGAGCCAAUGCUGGAAGAAAAAUUUAUGAAUUUACCCUUCAGAGACUUAUGCAAAAAUACUUCUUGGAAAUGAAGAAUAAGAUGCCUUCUUUAUCACCAAUAGAUAAAAACUGGCCAGCAAGGCCUUACCUGUUCUUGGAUUCAACUCACAAGGAACUAAAGAGGAUUUUCCAUUUGUGGAGGUGUAAAAAGUACAGAGAUCAGUUCACAGAUCAGCAAAAGCUUAUAUAUGAAGAAAAACUGGAAGCAAGUGAACUUUUCAAGGACAAGAAGGCUUUAUAUCCAGCCAGUGUUGGGCAGCCCUUCCAAGGGGCUUACCUGGAGAUCAGCGAGAACCCCAAGUACAAAAAGCUCAAAGAUGCCGUGGAUGAAAAGAUCAUUAUUGCAGAAGUUGUCAAUAAGAUCAAUAGAGCCAAUGGGAAGGCUGCAUCCAGGAUUUUCUUAUUAACCAAAAACAACGUUCUUCUUGCGGAUCAAAAAUCUGGGACUAUCAAGUCAGAGGUUCCACUGGGAGAUGUUACCAAAGUGUCCAUGAGCUCCCAAAAUGAUGGAUUCUUUGCAGUGCACCUCAAGGAGGGUUCAGAAGCUGCCAGCAAAGGAGAUUUCCUGCUCAGCAGCGAUCACCUUAUUGAAAUGGCCACAAAACUUUACCGCACUACGCUCAGCCAAACCAAACAGAAGCUCAACAUUGAGAUAUCUGAUGAGUUCCUGGUCCAGUUCAAACAAGACAAAGUGUGUGUGAAGUUCAUACAAGGCAGCCAGAAAAAUGGCAACAUCCCAACUUGCAAGCGAAAAAACAAUCGGCUUCUCGAAGUGGCUGUCCCUUAACUGCAGCUGGUGACUCUCCCUUUCAUGGACUUGUUUCUUUGUAAUAGUGCAAUUUUAGUGGUUUGGUUUUGCUAUUUUUAUCCUUUUCUGGAGCUGUUGAUGGCUAAUAGCUUUAGAAACCCUUGGCAAAACAUUUGAUCGAUCGACUUUGAAAUCUUUUUGUUCAUGCCAGGUUUUAACCCUCAAAACGCAGAUUUUUAUCCAGUGAGGCAUUUUUACCAGCUGGCACAUAUCUGUCAUACAACCAAUCAUUCUCUUUGUUUAGCAACCAUAUUUUAGUGCAGCAUAUCAUAAACCCACAUAUUAAUGGUAACUUACUCGUAUUCCUUAGUCUAGAGAUCUGCUUAACGGGAAUUAUACAUGGCCUUGAUGCUGGGUGGCCAUUUGUGCCCAGUGUCCUUUUAUCCCAAGCUGUCCAGGUGUCUGUCAGGCUCCUCAUGUCCUGCCCCUGUGCAGACCAGCAGAGCAGAGGCUGAUAAAACAACUCCUGUAGCUCACACUAAGACCUGUGUAACUCAACCCUCCGGUCAGUGCAGCACAGAGACAUCUAAUUCUGCUAAAUAGAAGGGAUAGAUGAUUGCACAAGCAGCUACAUGCAUAAUUUUAUAGUCAAACAUGCAGAAAUUUUGAAACAGCAUUUUUAAUUAGGUCAGAUGUUUUUAAUGACUUUAUAAAGUAGAGAUCAGCAGAAUUAAAUAAGCUUUUUCUUUUUUUCAUAAAAGAUAUAAAGUUCAAGGCAUAUUUUCUGUUCUGCUAUUCUUCUUUUAAAUUAUGAGUUAAGAUUAGAGCCUGAAAAAUGCAAUAGUAUUCAUAACACAAGUAAAUGCUAGUUAUUUAAACAGUUAUCAAGUGAAAGGUUUGAGCCUUUCUUUUAAAUAUUGGCAUGUACAAUGUGCAAUAAAACAUACGUGACAUUUUGUGAGAUUAUUUAUAAUACACUUUUGUGUGGAAGAGAGAGGAUUGGUGCAGACUGCAUAGACAAUGUAGGGGUUAAAAUAGAUCUGUGUUGUUAAUUUGCAGUUUAUAGAGUGUACACUACAGUUGUCAAUUUGGGAAGAAUACUUAGGAUUAAAAAAAGAAAAAAUCCUUAAUUUGGGGGUCUGUAUAUAAAUUGGUAUUAUGGUAAUAAAACUGUUCUAAUUCUGUGCUGUUUGGUACUCCUAUGUUAUAACCAUAUUUUUGUACUCCAAACUAUUUUAUAUAACUCGUGUGCCUGAUGUAAAUGCGUGCACAGAAAAUACAAUCAAGGGCCACAUUGUAAACCUUCAGUGUAACUGAUUGCACUUAAUCUUUUCUAAGCCAGAAGCAUUAGCUGAAAUCCUUGAGAGGAGAGAUGCUUUUCCAGAGGGAAGGAACUGCUCACGUGAAGGGUUUGUGGGAUGUGACUCUGUGAUUUGUGGAGAAAGGGCCUUGUAUUUUUGCAGUCUGAUAGAGGACAGAUUAAGACCCUGGCUAUCUGAUGUGCAGUGCUGGAAGUCCAAGCAUAAAUAAAAGAAAGAGAAAGAAAA